AAGCCUGCAGUGACCUGGUGUUUGUUAACAUAGGCAGUCUCAUCGGUAUUCUCAAGGAGUUGGUUGGGCGUGUUCAUGUUGUUCACUCCAAUAAAGAAGUGUACGCUGGAGAUGAUGACAUUAUAAAGGGGAUCCUUUCAGAGUCCAAGUUUAAAGAGAUUUGUAAAAAACAGCUUGACCCCAUCACAGAAAAGCUAAAAGUUAAUGAUAUUGCAACGAAAUUGCUGAAUCUUUUCCUUGAGCUCUCAAUAGCUACACCAAUAGAGGAUAAAUAUUUCAUACCAGCUCUCCUUCCAGUAAGAGAUGUCACAGAUAUCAAUCCUUAUAAUGAUCGUGAGCCAUUGCUGUUUUACUUCAAGAAGGCUACCCCAAUGGGCCUUUUCUGCUCUGUUGUUACUCAUCUUCUUUCCAGCCCUUGCUACGAAAUUGCUUCGACAAACAUUGACAAUUUCUCAAAUUACAUCAAAAUGAUUCAUGAGGAGUCGUGGUAUCGUGUUGUUCUAGUUGAACAGAUCAAUUGUAUUGAAGUCCAUUGUGAGGAUCGAAGCAUUGAAUGCAGUGUAAAGAAAGAUGUAAGAGAAGCGAUCACUUCUGCAGCUGAUAAACACAAUCUCAGUGAGAGUCAUAGGAAUCCUGAGAUCCGGUUUUAUUGUUCGUGUGAGCUUGGUCCUGCCGGAGGAGGUGUGGCUAAGGUGGAGAAGCACACAGUAAUAGUUAAUGAGGAGCGGAGGAUCUUCAAAUGCACUAAAACAGAAAAAAUAUAUAAAUUUGAUGAGAAGAUAGUGUGGAAUUCCUGGCUUGGUACUGAUACACCAAACACUCCAAAAGUGAAGGGGCAGGGCACGAGACUAAGUACUGUGCAAAGACAUGGUUCAGAGACAAAGAGCUCUGGUUCUCCACGAUGUAAACGUAGACGUGUUGAUGAGGAAAUUGAUAGUAAAUGUACUCCUCCACAAAGAAGUGUAUCUGAGACUGGAAGCACUGGCUCUCCACAGGAAGCUAAAGGCCUCAAGGAGCUUACUACUCCACAAAGAAGUGUAUCUGACGUGAAAGGCUGUGCUUCUCCACAGGAGACCAAAGGGAUCCCAGAGCUCAACAGUGCAGCAUUCUUAAGGAUAUUUGGUUCUUCUGCUGACCAAUACAUGCUAAUAGGGGCUGGAUUGAACGUAGAUGUGACUGAUCUGAUGCAAAUACCGGGUCAAGCAAUGAUUAAUCUUAUUAUGGUAUUUCAGAAGUGGUCUAAAGCCAAUAAAAACUUCACUUGGGACGCAUUGAUACAACUUUGUGAUAACUUUCCUGAUCAACUGGGCAAAGCAAAAGCUAACCUAGAAAAAGAACUUGGUAUCCAGUCUUAAAAGAAUGAUAGCAGCUGCUCAUAGUUUAGUUAUUAUUAUGAUGUUUUUCAUUGUUUUUUAAUUUCUUUGUUCAAGCAAGAGUCCAUUAUAUUUAGUAUACCUUGA